AUGGUUGAGAGAAUCUUGAUGACUUUCAUCUCCUUUGCAUACAAUGUCUAUAGUUUCUGCACUGUUUAUAAUAGCAUUGCUUAUCCAUUAUCUUUCAGGAACAAGGCUCUAAUGGUGGAGGCAGGACUCUUAUCAAGAUUACCAAACAACAACAUCAACGCCUUAGACGAAACAUCGAAACAAGAACUCGCUCAUCUCCUUUUGUCAGUAUCAUCUCUCGCCAAGAGCAAAUUCUCCCUCGACUCGUCAAAAAUCGUUCCCACUCUACUCUUCAUUCUCGAUUCAACAACUUCGUCAUGCACCGAGACCAAAAAAACGUGCCUAACCGCGCUAUACAACCUCUCGUCUGUCCUCGAGAACACCGAAAUUUUAAUUUCCAACGGCACUGUCGACCGUUUGAUAAACCUAUCGUCCGCAAAAGACAUGUCUGAAAAAUCGUUAGCGAUUUUGGGCAACUUGGUCGUGACCUUAGCCGGGAAAAGGUCGAUCGAGCAAAACCCGACGGUUCCCGAGCAGUUCAUAGAGAUCACAACGUGGGAAGAAAGCCCAAAAUGUCAAGAACUAUCGGCCUAUAUACUAAUGGUGUUGGCCCACCAGUGCCCGGUGCAGAGGCAGAGAAUGGCCGAGGCGGGGAUUGUUCAGGUGCUUCUCGGGCUGGCUUUGCUGGGAAGCGCGUUGGGCCGGAAGAGGGCCCUCAAGAUACUGCAGUGGUUCAAGGAAGAGCGGCGGGAGAUGAGGGUGGGCCCGCAUUCGGGCCCGCAGGGAGUGGUCGGGCCGGGCCCGGAGGAGGACCGGAUGGGGGCAGAGGAGGGGAAGGUGCUGAUGAGGAAAAUCGUUAAGGAAAGUUUGUAUAAGAAUUUGGAGACGAUCACGAGCCGGGCGAUGAAUGGGGAUGAGGAGGGUUUGAAGCUUAAGGCCUUGGCUGUAAGUUCAAGCUCCAACAGCUUGCCUUACUAG